AUGCACGGCUCCUCUAUGCUUGUAGCUGCUCUCGCAGGCCUCGCAGUGGCUGAGGUUAGGCACCCACACCAGCCUCGCGCUGUCACCAACACUGCCCUGCAAACCACCUUCCCCAAGGCAUCAGGUACCACCAACCUACCUGCCGCGAGGACUAUUGCCGCAAAUGCAAACUUUGACGGUGAACUGAAGCAAUGGGACCGUAGCUCCAACACCUGCAGUGGACAGGACGAGACGGGCGAGGCAGCCGCUGUAUUCAUCCUCGAGAACGGUGCCGUCCUCUCGAACGUGAUUAUUGGACCAAACAACGGAGAAGGUGUCCAUUGCCGUGGAUCCUGCACUCUGAACAACGGUAGGACUCUGUCUAAUGAUCAAUCCAAUGUAAUCUUCUUGCUGACUCGGUAUCUCACAGUCUGGUGGGUGGACGUCUGCGAAGACGCCGCAACAUUCAAGCAAGGCUCCGGCACCUCCUUCAUCAACGGAGGUGGAGCCAAGGGCGCAGACGACAAGGUAUUCCAACACAACGGCGCAGGCACACUGGCCGUCAAGAACUUCUACGCCGAGAACAUCGGAAAGCUCUACCGCAGCUGUGGAAACUGCAAGACACAGCAUGGCCGCAAGAGCACAUUCGACAACAUAAAGAUUAAGUCUGGCAAGCUUGUUGCCGGUGUGAACGGCAACUAUGGAGACACCACCAACAUCAACAACUCCUGUCUGCUCGACACCAAGAUCUGCGAACUUUUCAAGGGUGUUACCAGUGGCGAGCCAACCAAGACCGCAUCUGCACCUGAUGGCAAGACUUGCGCUACCAGUGGCAUCAAGACCAGCGGAUGCUAG